CGGGCGGUUGGCGGGGGCGGGGCUGUGCCGGUGCCGCUCGGACCGCGGAGCCGCCGCCGUUGCCACCGUUGCCGCCGCUAUGGCCGGAGCCGGAGCCCGGUGGGCGCCGCUGGCGCUGCUGUGUCUCGCUGUCACCGCGUCCCCGGGACGCACCGCGGAGCAGCUGCACGUCUGCAAGGAGUCCGAGUACCACUACGAGUACACGGCGUGUGACAGCGCCGGGUCGCGCUGGAGGGUGGCAGUGCCACACAGCCCCGGGCUCUGCACCGGCCUGCCCGACCCCGUCCGCGGCACCGAGUGCGCGUUCUCCUGCAAGGCGGGCGAGUUCCUGGAGAUGCAGGCGCAGUCAUGCCGCCCCUGCGCCGCCGGCACCUACUCCCUGGGUACCGGUGUCCGCUUCGACGAGUGGGACGAGGUGCCCCACGGGUUCGCCAACGUGGCCACCAACCUGGAGCUGCAGGAGGGGCCCGGGAACACCGCCGGGAACUGCAGCGGGUGAGGAACCGCAGGGGAAACCGGGAGCGGAAACCGGGAAACCGGGAUGGG